AGGUGUUCUGUUUAUAUUUAUUUUGGAAGCUGCGAGCUCUCGAGUUUGGCGAGUUUUUUCUCAGUUUCUUCUCGUGUUUGCUGUGAAGAAAGUAUGCAAUCAAAUGGUGAAAACGGUGAUUUCUCGAGUGUGGACUUUGCCGCCAUUCGAGGACUCGAUCCUGGCGGGUUGUACCAAGUGAUGAAUAUACGGAACCAAGAGUUUAUUGAUCAUACAUUUCUGGGACAUAUGGAGAUCCAAGAUGCUGCCGUGGUGGAUGUAAUGCCAGCUGGGGCGCCGGAAGGCGUGCCGGCGAACGGUUUUCAGCAUGCAAAUGUGAUUGUGGACCACGAGGGAAAGGUGGCGACGUUCAUUCAGAGUCUCCCGGCGAAGCAGGAGCAGGAGAAUGGGGUGAUUGUGAGCCAGAAGAAGGACAACCUGGCCACGUUGACGCCCAUCGGGGAGGAUUGGAGUGCUCGGCAGGCCAGCAACUUUGCGGAAUCCCUGGAUUCUCUGCCACCGCUGGCGGUGAUCCAGCGCGAGGGCGACGGCGACAAGGGUGUUCCGGAGGAGGAGAGGGCGGAAUUGAGGGUGGAGAAGACGAAGGUUGAGCUGCCACACAAGAAGAGACUGCCCAGGAAGAGCCCAGAUUCUGGCGUGGUGUGUUUCAAUUGCCAAUUGUGUGGCAAGAAGUUCACAGAGCAAUUUGCCUUCUAUUCCCACCUCAGAUCUCACUAUGAGGCCAAGACAAAGGUGAGAUCUGUGGGCGUGCAGGUGGACGAGGGGAAGUGUGAGAAAGAUGUCGAUGUGGCGCUGGACGAGGAGUUCAGCGAUCCCGAGGACAUGCUGGAGGGCAUCCGGGGCGUGGUGGACAAGGUGCAGGAGCAGUCUGGGGAGGAGGAGAGCCAGGAGGGUCUGGGCGAUUGGUAUGCGCCGGAGGAGGACGGAGAGGAGGAGCUGAAUGCGCCCGAGGAGAGCGAUAACUUUGUGCUGUACAUCAACAAGACUGAUUUGGUGAUGAAUCCCGUCUUCUCGGCGCAGAUUAACCAGACUGUCAUCGAGAAGGCGCUCAUGGACGCCAUGCCGGACCUCAAGGAUGGCGCAAUUGAGGCCGUGGUAAAGAUCAAUCCAGAGGUGGUGCGGAAGACGCGCAGCAGUCGCCGUGCGAGGUCGGCGGCGACACAAGAGGCGGCGUCUCAGGGGAAGGAGAGGCUAAGGAAGCGGAAGCCCAAGGAGGCGUCAAAGGGUGCCGGCGAGGAGGGCAAGAGGACGUGGAAGAAGCUGUCGAAGUGCGACGAGUGUCAGCGGGAGUUCAACUCGCGCAAUGCGCUCCGCUAUCACGUGCUGUCGCACACCGGCCACCGGCCGCACCAGUGCGAGGUGUGCGGCAAGGCGUUCUACUCCAGCAGCGCCCUGAAGGUGCACAAGCGCCUGCACACGGGCGUGCGGCCGUACUCGUGCAAGCACUGCGGCCGGAUGUUCCGCCAGUGGGGCGACUUGAAGUAUCACAUCACGUCGAAGCACUCGGAGGAGAAGAAUCACCAGUGCGAGUUCUGCGGCAAGGACUUCGCCAGGCGCUACUCGCUGGUCAUCCAUCGGCGCAUUCACACGGGCGAGCGCAACUACGCUUGCGACUACUGCAGUAAGUCCUUCCGCGCCAGCUCGUAUCUGCAGAAUCACCGGAAGAUUCACACCGGCGAGAAGCCGUACACGUGUACGAUCUGCACGAAGAAGUUCCGCGUGCGCGGCGACAUGAAGAGGCACAUGAACACGCACUUUCCCAAAGCGGACACCGCCACUGCUGCCGCCGGCGUCGAGAAGGCGCCCAAGGAGAGCAAGAAGGCGGCGAAGAAGAAGAGCGCGAGUGGCGAAAUGCCCGCCGAGGAGCAGCAAAUCGCCGCACCGGCGCAGGAGGGGAUCAAAGUGGAGCUGGACAGUGUGGCUUAUGACGUGCAGGCCAUUGGCAGUGAUGAGGAGGGCUCAGCGGCGGAUCAGGCCGGCCAGUUGCCGCAUUUGCGUCACAAGAGUGCAUUUGCAGCGCCUUUCUUCCCACGGAAUUAACAUUC